UUACCUUGCCUUACUUGGGCCACAGUGGAGACACUGCAACAAGGACAUUCACAUCGAGACAUCAGCGGGAGCUGCCAGGUGAGAGAUCGGUUCCAUCCAGAAAUAUGCACUCCUAUCCAUUACUGUGCUCCUUCCUUCUCUUCAAUGGCCUAAUGGUGGCUGCACAGAGAAAGGUCCAGGAGCUCCCUGAUGAAGAGGAGGAGGAGGAAAGCCCUGCCCAGAUACAGACCCCACAGACUCUCUCUCGAGGCUGGGGAGAUGACAUUGAAUGGGUGCAGACAUACGAAGAAGGUUUAGCAAGAUCAAGACAAAGCAAGAAGCCACUGAUGGUCAUUCACCAUCUGGAAGAGUGUCCUUACAGCCAAGCUUUAAAGAAGGCUUUUGCUUCUAACACAGAGAUUCAGCAGAUGGCUCAGGAGGACUUUAUCAUGCUUAAUUUGGUGCAUUCCAGCAGCGAUGAUAACAUGGCACCCGAUGGCCAUUAUGUCCCUCGGAUCCUCUUCGUUGAUCCUUCUAUGACAGUUCGAGCUGAUAUAACUGGCAAAUAUGGGAACAGGAUGUACACGUAUGAGCCACAAGAUAUUUCAGCCUUAAUUGAAAACAUGAGACAAGCAAAGUCACUUCUCCACACAGAGCUCUGAACGGCGGGCGCCUCCGAUCCGCACGCAUGGAGACUUAAGCGCUGAAAAACACAGCAAAACCCAAGCCAGGAUGCGUGCUGUCUCCGUACAUUCCCUCAGACAUCCUUUCAGAAAAACCACCGUUAGGAGAGCUCAGUGCAGUCCAUGCGCAGUAGAUACAUGGAGUGAUGCACGACCUGCUCAUUUUUUAAGUAGUGGUUUAUCUUAAUGACUUUAUGAUUAUCAUCGAUGUACAAGAACUUUCCUUGCUCAUGUUGACAAGCUCUUCUUUAUCCCAAUUAGCGUAAUUUUGAAAAGGAUCAAAUACAGCAGCUUCAUUAGAGGACUCAAUACUUACAUUAUAAAUACAUUUUAAGUUUGCCCUGUGUGUGCCUAAGAUAGAUUGUACUGUUGCAAUCAAUUUUCUACAUCACCAUUUUUUUUCCUCCAAGCCACAGAUCUUUUCAUUCUGGACUAUUUUCUCCUUCCCACAAGCAAGGAGAAGCAGCUAACAAAUCAGCAAUUGAGUGUAGCUCUUGAUUGCUUUCAAAUUACCUCUGUGAAGAAACCAGGAGGAUUAAGAACAGAUCAUCUGGUUCACUUUCUGACACUUCGUUAUGAACCACAGCCUAGUAUUUCUCUAAUGGGGCACGGUUACCAUAUCCUUACCUUUUCUGCCAUCUAGUUUAUAUUUUUGUUUUGCCUUUUUUUAACAUAGAAAUCUGUAUUAAAUAUGCCUCCACUGUUUUUAAAUAUAAUUUG